GUCACGAAAGUCAAAUUGACAACUUUGAAUAAACUUGCAAAGAGAAUAAUUUAGUUUUGAAUAUAAUUUAAGAUCAAUGACGGAAGAAAAAGGUGAGAAGGGUGAAGAUGAGGACACUAUUGGAAUAUACGUAGGCCAACGUAACCAAGACGGCGACCGGCACGGCGAGGGCUGGGCCGUGCUGCCCAACGGCGACUUCUACACCGGCUGCUACUGCCGCGGCCAGCGCAACGGCAAGGGCCUGUACGUGUUCAAGAACGGAGCGCGGUACGAAGGCGAAUGGCGUCGAGCGAUGAAGUACGGCGUCGGUACAAUGACGUACCCUGACGGAUCGCGGUACGAGGGCGAUUGGCGGCACGACCAGAAGCAAGGUUUUGGCGCCUACUACUAUCCCAACGGAGACAUAUACGAGGGCGCGUGGUUCAAAGGGAAGCGCCACGGGCUCGGCACCUACUUGUUCAACGAAUACCAAGUCAAAUUCAUGGGUACUUGGGUCGAGGGCCGGAUGGAGGGACCUGGGCAGAUCUUGUACCCUCGCGUACGCUUCCACGGUUCCUGGUACAAGGGCGUACCCAAAGGCCCAGGCUGCUUCGUGUUCGACACCAAUUGCAUGCUGCACGGGUUCUAUUUGCUGAUAAAGGAUCCGGCGCUGGAAGAGUUAGGUGAAGGCGAAGAGGAAAAGGAGGAGAAAGUGGAUAAAGAAGAGCCGAUGGGGGAAGAGGAAGAGAUGGAAGUUGACGAAACGAAAGGCAAAAUAGCCGUGUGGCGGGCUCGCAACGUGACGGCUUACAUGGCGGAGUUCCUACCGCCGGAGCCGGUGCCCCUGCCCGUGCACGACUCCAUGCCUUCGCUGACGGACGAGAGCGUGGAGACCGACGUGCUGCGCUUCGAGCCGCCGCCGGUGCACGCUGAGCACGAGGGCGACGACGGCGACUCCUGGCUGCUGCACCGCAAACAGUUCCUCGAGGAGGCGCAGCCCAAGGAAUAAAUGCUUUUACAAUAAAUCUU